AUUGAUAUUCAACCAAGUGAACGAGAAGCAAUAUUUUCUGAUGAACUACGACCAUCUGAUCCAAGAAAUGUUGGCCCAUGCGGUGGAUUCAGCAGACAAUAUGCGUGCAUGUGUGAUUUUCAUGGCAUUACUUACAGAGAUGAAGUAGCCUGGGACAUUGAUACAAUUUACCUAUCACACGAUACAAGAAUACUAAAUUUACGUGAUUUUGAUCAUUUGGAACCAAAAGAUUUAACAGCAAUAGUUUCUGCGCUGGAGUAUAAUACAUUUUUUCGAAGUUUAAAGGUCACACAUACACGAUUAUCACAUGAAACGCUUGAACGAAUAUUACAUGUCCUUCGGCGAUCAAUGUGGUUGGAGGAACUGCAUCUCGAAGCAUUAGGAUUAAGAUCGGAUUUUGUUCAUAAAUUAGCUGUAUCUGUGAUCACCAAUAAUAGUCCAGCACUUCGAACUAUUGACUUGAGUCAAAAUUUAAUUGAAGAUAAAGGACCACGUUGAAAUCCCGCACAAAACCCAGGGCUUACGGCCGAGAGCUCCGCGCUUGAUCCAGAUGAGAACGCAAUGUUCGUUGUGUUGUUUGUUGAUUCUGAAAAUGACAAUGAUUAUAUCAAUUUCUAAAUAUGAACGUAAAUUAAAAGUAUGUGUAGCUUCAAUUGAUUAGAUAAAUUCAAAGCAGAAUUAUUGAAAUGAUUACAUACUUGAUUGGAUGCUGCUCGUCUUGAUUGUCGAGCUCGUGCUGGUGGUGCUGGCGGUGGAUCUCCUCCUCCUGCAUUUUCUUCUUCUUCUUCAAGAUGCCGUUGAAAUGCUGGAUGUAGCUCUAUAUUCAUAACAGCACACCAUCCUGUUUGUUUGUAAGGAAUAAAAAAAAACGAAUUCAUUGUCUAUUGUUCAUUGACUUGUUCAUAUUAAACUGAGAGCAUAUCAAUUUAACAAACACAAACCUUUGUAGAGAAUGUUACGACCUGCAUUUGCAUCACGAUUCCAGGUGAUAGUACGCCCAAUUCGAGUUUUCUCUUCAUAUUUACGAAAUUUUGAUGCCAUACGUGGACCAUCAGUACGGGGACGAUGUUUUCGUUGCUGCGUCAAUUUGCGAUUGCUUUUUCGUGAUUCAAUCGGACCUUGGGCUUUUCCAAGCACAUUUUCUCCACACAAUGGUUCGCAUCCAUGGCAUGUGAGAUAGCGAUAUUUCUCCUUUACUUUGCCUCUUUUUGUCGGUUUUUCAAGUUCACGGAAGCACAACGAACAUAAUUUGGUCGUCCGAAAUUCGUCCACCUCGACCACUGUACAUUUACGGCGACGUUUCAACUUCUCGAACAAAUCUCGCACCUUCGAUCGAAUAUAUCCUCGGGCUGGUGAAUCUGCCGCAAUGAAACGAUCACCGACAAAUAUGAACGUUUGCUUACCAUCGAUGAGCUUGGUUGCAUAUGCAUCAAGUGCUCUAUUCGUGUCAAUGUACUAGAGAAAUGCUUGCAAAGCGUAUUCAUACUGUGUGUAUGCUAUGAACUUUUCUUCAAAAUGACGCAAAAUAUGAUCAGCAUAUGAUUUAUGGUCUUCGGCUCGUGGACCAGGCUGCUCAUCAAAUGACUCACGAUGUGGACGCAUCUUUUCAUCGAUUUCAAUUGUCAACUUUUUGCGCCAUUUGUUCCGUCGCGAUGAAUUUAUCAUAUCUUGAUAUUGGCCCGAUGUCAAUCGAAUGAUUGUUUCAGUGCGAUUAUUUCGAUCGUUGAAAUUGUUAAUGCGCACACCACCAAUGACCAAACGUAGUCCAGGAUCGAGACCAUACACUUGUUGGCUUUUCAGAAGCAUCUCUUGUGUCUCUUUCAUACGCUCUUCAUCGUCUUUUUCAAUGAUGAAUUUUGUUCGUUCCAUCAAAAAUGACAUACCGACACCAUCUGUUUGAAUGGAGUUGUCGAAUUUUAUUGUUGCAUGGCCAUCAUUUUUGUUUCUCGGUUCUCUUUCGAUGCUAUCGAUGUCGAAAUACAGACGCCAUAAUACAUCCCAUUCUUUACUUUUGAUGUCUUUCUCCUGUUUUGGGCCGCCGUUUUUAUUGCGAAAUAAUCGAUGUGGACAUUCUAUCUGUCUCAACAUGCGAUAAAACACUCUACGAUCAAUUCGAAUGUAAUGUCUUUCGAACGAUGACGUUGGUACCACGGUGAAAUUUCUGUAUUCACGAAGCUCGGUUCGUUCAUGAUUGCGGCUUUUC